UGGACCCUUGCGCAUGCCCAGAAGCCGCUUGUUGAAGGGAAUGGGCGGAAGUAGAAAGAAGGGUAGAGCUGGUAGGGGGGAUAUUGGGGGCCGACUUAGUGGUCGCCCCUCUUCUUUUUCUCUAAGUAAAACUGGAGUUUGGAGUGGAGGGAAAGAAGAAGGAUGUACACAGCGGGGACAGAAAGCUUCCUGCGGCAGGCCAGAGAGAUCCAAGAUGAAGAACUAAGAAAGUUCACUUCUCGAAUCACAGGCUUUCUCCAAAAUCAAGAUUUGGGGGUGGAAACGAUUGACAGUUUGCAAAGACUCUUUCUUAUUGUCUCAGCCACCAAGUGUGACCGGAAGUUGGAUGACAGAUUUGUGGAGCUUCUGCAGUCGGUGCUGCAUCUGCCGAAAGCCCCUGAGCAAGUCCAGAUUCUGUGCGCGGCCAUCCUGAGGGAGAUGUCCCCUUGCAACCGCCUUUCAUUGUCUUGGGAUCAGAUCCAAGAUACCAAGCUCUUGAGUUUCACAUUCCCUAUCAUGCUAGCACAGGGCAGACCCCAGGCAGAGGUCGAAGCCGUGGGGCAGCGCGUCGUGAAAGCCCUCGAGGGUCGCCUUCCCGAAGGUCAGAGUGGGCGGUAUCUGCUCCCCCUCCUGUCGAAGGUCAUCAGCCUUGCACCGGCAAGCCUUAGUGAAGAUCAAAUCAAUCUGUUCAGCAAGAGGAUGGUGGAUUGGCUGAGGUAUGCCAGUGUCCAGCAAGGGGUUCCCCAGUCCUCGGGAGGCUUCUUCAACCCCAGAGCAAGGCAGCCUGGGCCCAUCACAGAGGUGGACGGCACGGUCGCCACGGACUUCUUCACCGUUCUCUCAGUGGGCCAGUAUUACACAGAGGACCAGUGGCUCAACAUGCAGGCUUUCUCUAUGCUUCGGAAAUGGCUCCUGUGUUUUGGGAAUGAUGGAACAGCCACUCCAAAUUCAGAUGAUAAAUCGGAAGUGGACGGCUCAGUCAUGUCCAUGGUUUCUGUCACUUCCACCUCGAGCCGCCUGCUUCCCCCAAAGGAGCGCUUGAGGGAGAAGGCGUUUGAGUACUGCCAGCGGCUGAUAGAGCAGAGCAAUCGCCGGGCCCUGAAGAGAGCAGACAGGGAGCUGCAGAAAGCUUGCCUCGUCGAAGCUGUCACGCUCAUGGACCUCAUUUGCCAGCAGGACUCUUCCCACGUCUACCGCUCACUCUCCUGCCUCAAAAACCUGCACAGUCGGAUCAGUGGAGAUCUUGCCUAUGCGCGGGUGCUGCUUCCCAUUGCCCAGUUCUUCUUGAAUCAUAGUGAGACGGCCGCUGUGGACUCCGAAGCCGUGUACAGGCACCUGUUCACCCAAGUCCCGGCCCAGCUCUUCCACAGCCCCAUGCUAGCCUACGAGUUCGUCCAGUUCUGCAGGCACAACGCCCAGCUCUUCACCGAGAACCUCGGCCUCUUCCGGCAGAGCACCCCGAACCUGUUCAAGUUUCUGGCGUGGAACAGCCCAGCCCUGAUUGCCGAAUUUGUGGAUCUUCUGCCAGCUCUGCUCGAGGCAGACAUGGCUGUGGAGAUCUUUCACUUGAUCCUGGACCUGCCCUGCCUCACAGCUGCCCUGGACAUCCAGCUGAGGUCUGCCCUGACUCCUGUGUCCGAAAGAACGCCCCUUGACCCUGCCGCGAAGCCUGCCUCCUGCCAAGACGCCUUCCGCCACCCACAGUACAGGGGCCUCUUCCAGUACCUCCUCCGGGUCGAGUUUGGGCCCGGGGACCCUGGCAGCAGGCUGAUUCCCCUCCGCCAGCUCCUGGGAUCCAUGGCCAGCUCCCCUCGAGUGGUCCAGUGUGCCGAAAGUGUCCCUGUCCUGCUGCAGCUCUUCUUUGGGGUCAUAGCCAAGUUUGCAGACGGGCCACUAGCAAACAGACUGGUCCUGGCCCUGCUGGAAAGGAGUGACCAGCUCUACGAGAUCCCAGCGUUCAAGGCAGAGGUGUACAGAGUGAUGAGCUCCCAGCUCCCGCUCCUUUGCAAGCAGCACCCGCCGUUGGUCGUGGAACUGUCCAAGCCGCUUCUGGAGUUCCUGGGGACAGUCGGCAACAUUCAGAGCAAAGAGGACAUCUUCACCCACAUGGGUUUCGCUGUUCCUGUCCAAGAUGAGGACCUUUGUCCAGAGCCCAGCCGUCUCCUCCGUGUACGACGCCGAGGACACGGAAGCGAUCCUGAUGCGGGCCACCGAACUGAUGAACCUGUUGAGGAUGCCCAGCGUGGCGCAGUUUGUGUUGACGCCAUCGGCCGACGUCUCCGGCCCCCGAUUUCACCGGGACACCACCGUCUCCCUGCCCCUCGCCAUGAAGAUGACCAGCCAGCUGUUAGAAGGAGGAGGACCCAGCUCCCUUCCUGGCUGAGGCGCUUGGGACAGCGCGAUGCUUCUCAGAGUGGGGCGGCCUGUCUUUGCAGCUGGGAAGGAGGUGGGGUGGGUGACCCCACUGAGCGGGAGGCACCUUGGGAAGAGAAGAAAUGCUUUGUGGGCAGAGUGGGACCGCCCAAGUGUAACCCUUCCCUUUCCCCAGACGGGAUCCAUGUGUGCCUUCUCUCUUGUCUGGGAGGAUUUUCUCGGUCUCCCUUAUUUCCCGGGCCCUCUUUCCGAAUUGUCCACCCCAUUUCCAAACUUCUUUUCCUGUCACUGUAGAGGGGGUCCCAGUUCUUCAGAAGCAUUGAGCAUGCUGGAUCUGGGUUCUGCGAUAAUAAAUCACCUUUUUAGCAUCGUGCAAAG